GUGGUUGAGUCCUGGAUCCUCAGUGACUCUGAGCUGUGAGGUUGAACAUGUGUCUGCAGGAUGGAGCUUCUACUGGUAUAAAGCUGUUCCUGAUCUAUCACACAAGUCUGGCUCUUACAGCUAUGAGCUGCUGCCUGCUAGCUCCAAUGGGACUGCAGACAACUCCUACAUCAUUCAUGGACAGACACACACAGCAGGAUAUGUGUGCAGAGCUGGAAGAGGAGAGCCACACGUCUACACUCUUUACAGUCAACCUCACUUUGUCUGGUCUGGAGAUCUUCAUCCAUCAGCGUCUCUCUCAGUGAGUCCUGACAGAGUCCAACACUUCACCUCUGACUCGCUCUCACUGACCUGUGAGGGAAACUCUGCUGAGUGGAGAGUCGGCAGCUUUCUGCUUCCUGACUUGCUGUCAUUCUGUUCUGACUGGGGAACAAUGACUGGAUCAACAUGUCAUGUUCAGAAGAUCCAGUCCAGUAAUGCAGUGUUCUGGUGUGAGUCUGGAUCAGCUUUCAGCAACGCAGUCAACAUGACUGGACACAAUGAUGAUCUGAUCCUGCUGAGUCCUGUCCAUCCUGUGACUGAGGGACAUUCUGUUACUCUUGGCUGCAAGUGGAGGACAGAAAAUCUUCUUUCUAAAGUGUUUUUCUAUCAGAAUGACACAUUAAUCCAAAGUGAGAGCAGAGUGGAGAUGAUCAUCCCUGCAGUGUCAAAGUCACAUGAAGGCUUCUACAAGUGUCAGUCCUCAGGAAAAGAAUCUCCACAGAGCUGGUUGGCAGUAACAUCUACAUCCUGACCUGACAGAUCCUCAUUUCCUGUGUUGGUUGUUGCUUUAACUUCUGUAAUUUUGGUCAUUUUUCUAUUCAUGAUCUGCUUUCUCUGUAAAAGAUCAAGAGGUGAGAAAUGUUACUUUUUUAUUGGACAAUA